AUGGCUGAGAUUGAAAAGAGUUUCAAUGGUUUAGAUUUGUCCAUGGCUAAAAUCCAAUGGUCCAGAUUUGUAUUCCUAACAACUCUCACCAACCCACUGCAUUUUACCAGAAAGAGAGCUCAAUCGAAGGAAGAACACAGCUCAAUAGAAAGCUCUCUUCUCCACCAUCACCAGGAACUCUUCUUUCUUGUGGGUCUAGCUUGCAGCAACCUUGUGUUUCAAGUUCCCCAGUUCCAGAUUGUUUCUCGACGCUCUGAUUCCUUUAAUUUUGCUUCUCAAGCAGAUACUCAGGUCCAAUUUCUUCAAGAAAGAAAUGUUAAUGUUGUUAUCCGUGAUGAGCGUGACCUUAAUGUCAUCCGUCUUCGAGAGGCAAAAGAAAAAGAAAUUGCCAAGGCAUUGUUGAAGAAAAACAAAAAGACCACCGUUUCGGGCAAGGGAAAGGAAAAUGCAUGUUCAGUAGCACAUAACAAUAAUGUUAUAUCGAAAGCUGCAUUGGCUCAACGUGCACGGCGAGAACGCAAAAGAAAUGAUAAGGCAAGCUCUUCAUAUCAAUUGGGACAACGUUCGCGACGUGAACGAGAAAGAUCGAGAGAAUUGAUUCCACCAAGCACAACUAAUACUCCACCGGCUCAGAAAGGAGUAAUGUUUACACAUCUACCUUCGCCAAGCACAUAUUUAGCUUCACAAAGGAAUUGGCCUACUCAUGCAAACCCAUUGCUCCAUGAGACUAGGAAUAUCGGUGUUGUUAUUCGUGAUGAGUGCAAUCUUAAUAUUAUCCGCAAUUCUAAGGCAAAGGAAAAGGAAAAGGCCAAGGCAAUGUCUAAAGGAAAAGAAAAGGCAACUUCUUUUGACAAAGGAAAGGAAAACGCAUGUCCAAUG